AUGGCAAAGCUCACUGAUGAUUCCCACUACGAUGCCGACGAAACUUUGAUAAUGUAUCAAGUCCACUGUCAGAUGUUGGUAAUCAUGACAAUUACUAUGACAAUCGACUUCGGACAAGGUCUUAUCAGAAUCUCCCUCUUGCUCCGUAGCAUGCGUCUGCUAUUUGUCUGCGUGGUCUCUCUAAUCCUCUUCAUCACCCACCUAAAUUACAACAUCGCUUAUCUGAAUUUGAUCGCCCAGUUUUCUUUUGCCUCAUCCUGCAAAGUGUCUGCUGGCGAUGCUUGCCACACUCUCACUCAGUCUGCUUUAUCUCAACUAUCAGACCUAGGUUUAGAAGCCCCCAGUCAUACGCUAAUCUCUGCCUCAGAGGAUCAUAGUAGGCUGCAUAUAGAGCGGAAGUUGCAGCAGGGUCUGGACCGGCUAUCCGAGUUGACUCUUAAAGUGGUUGCUUUGCACAAUCGUCUUGUUCAUUCUUGUCCUCAGCCAGAUAGCUGA